CCGUCACUCUAUAUGUACAACAAUUUUUGCAUUGACCCACUUCUUGGUUUUAGAGAGAGGAGAGAGAAAGAGAGGAAGAUGAUGAGUGUGGUGGGUUGAAGUUGAAGGAGAGCCCUUUGAUUUUUUAGAUGAGAUGAGAUGUGUAGUAGUGUGUUGUUAUCUUCGUUCCUUCCUCCUAGGUUUUGGUCUGAUCAUGGCUUGUCUUUCCCUUUUCUUGUUGGGGUUAUUAAGAGUACACUUCUGAGAAAGGCAAAAGAAGAAAUUUUUAAAAAAGAAAAAAAAGCAAAAGCAAGCCCCAUUUUUGCUUCCUUCUCCACCCACCAAUAUCUAUAUAUCCUCUCUCUCUCUCUCAAGAACCAUCUUCACCUCUCUCUUUCUCUCUCUCACACACACACACACAAGUUUCUUGUUUGAUUGGUUUUGAUUAAAAUUUUUGGUUAUUGGCUGAGUGUUUUAUGAUGAUGGGGGUUUGGAUCUUGACUGAUUGAUUUUGAAGAAGAAAGAGGGAUUGGAAGAAGAAGAAGAUCUGUGAGUAUAUACAUACAUAUAUAUAUAUAUAUAUGUAUUGUAUGGCUGGUGCAGGUGGAGUGACAUCUACUGGAUACUGCUAUUCUGAUGAUGCAUCUUCAACUGGAAACCCAAACAUCCAAACCCAUCUUUUGAGCCAGUUGCAAAGCUUUGAAUCCAACCCAGACAUCUACAACUUGACAACAAGCAUGGGAAUGAUAGGGUUUCCAUCAAAGAACAGUGUUUUGAUCAGCCCACAGAGUGAAAACACCUCAGUUUAUCAUCAAGACUCAACCAAUGGGACCCUCAUGGUGAAUUCAUCAGCCUGGAACCAUCAUCAUCAUCAUCACAUGAACAGAUUAUUGCUUGUUGAAGAUCAUGAUCAUCAAGAUCCUUCUUUGAGGUGUGCUGUUCUUGGAGAUCAUCAUCAUCAUGAGAGGCCAAGUCACGGCCUCUCACUCUCUCUCAGCUCAUCUAAUAAUCUCGGCCUGCAGUCUUUUGCACUUAGACUGAAUGAUGAUUUCAGGUUUGGGCCCUCAAGUUCCAGGUCUGUGAACACUGCCACUACUGCUCAGUUUCAGCCAAGAAACUCUAAGUAUUUGGGCCCUGCUCAGGAGCUUCUCACUGAGUUCUGCAAUCUUGGAAGUGAUAAAACCUCAAAGCUUAAGGUUCAGAAGUGCAGUGGAUUGGAAGAUGAUGAGAGUGAUGAUGUGAAGAAGCAGUCAUUUUACUCAUCAUUUGACUUGCUUGAGUUGCAGAAAAGAAAGACCAAGUUGCUCCAGAUGCUGGACGAGGUUGAUAGAAGGUACAAGCACUACCGUGAUCAGAUGAAGGCUGUGGUGCAAUCAUUUGAAUCGGUGGCUGGAAAUGGAUCGGCACAAGUGUAUUCCGCCAUGGCUUCCAGGGCCAUGUCCCGGCACUUCAAAUGCCUAAAAGAUGGAAUUUUGAGUCAAAUUAAGGCCAUAAAAAAGGCAAUGGGAGAGAAGGAUAGUGCUGCACCAGGCACAACCAAAGGGGAGACACCAAGACUACGAAUUCUUGAUCAAACACUAAGGCAACAAAGAGCAUUCCAGCAAAUGAGCAUGAUUGAAAACCCUCCAUGGAGACCCCAACGCGGCCUACCGGAGAGAUCGGUCUCCGUCCUCCGCUCUUGGCUCUUCGAGCACUUCCUCCACCCGUAUCCGAGUGAUGUAGAUAAACACAUUUUAGCCCGCCAAACAGGCCUCUCCAGAAGCCAGGUUUCCAACUGGUUCAUCAAUGCGAGAGUGAGGCUAUGGAAGCCCAUGGUGGAGGAGAUGUACUUGGAGGAUCUGAAGGAGGGAGAAGACAUGGGAGAAUUGGACGGCGCCGCCAAUCAUCAUGAAAAUGGCAAUCAAAAUCCUCCGCCGGGGAACGAUGAUCAGAAACCGACCCAAGAUCAACUGAUCAGAAUAGAUUCUGAUUACCUCUCUUCCAUAAUCAACAAUCCAGGGAAAAAUGAUCCAAAAGCACCGGAUAAAUCCCUCGGGAGUGAUCAUCAUCAUCACCACCAGGAAAGCUCUUUCAGUAGAGUUGGGGAGGAAUACGGUACUUCAAUGCAAUUUGACUUCUCAUCAUACAGCCAACAGGCCGGCGGCGCCACCGUAUCUUACGGAGGCGGAAGUGGUGUGUCUUUGACAUUGGGGUUGCAGCAGAACGGUGCAAGUGGCGGGGUGAGCUUAGCAUUCUCGCCGGCGACCCAGAGCUCUCUUUUCUACCCUAGAUCAUCAGACAACAUGGAAGAUUGCCAAACAGUUCAUCAGUACUCACUCUUGGACAGUGAAAACCAGAAUUUGCCGUACAGGAAUUUGAUGGGUGCACAGUUGCUUCAUGAUUUGGCUGGAUGAUUGCAAGAAUUCCCAACAAAAAAUGGAUCAUGUGGUGAAAAUUAAAAGCAGCAGUUUAUGUUUUUCUCUUUUGUUUUUUUUGUGGGUGAAGAUGAAUUUGCUGAUUGUGGUGUACAUAAAAUGUCUGAAAUUUGGUGUUAGGUAUACGAUGAAAGGCUUUUUGUUGCUCCAAUGGACGCUUAUUCUGCAAUUGCAAUACUAUUGGCCGAAUUUGGCCGCACUUGAACCAAA